AUGGUGACCAAGAAAGUCAGGACAGAAUACAUGAAGAAAUUCAGGGAUCCCAAAUGGGAGACGUUUUCUAAAUGCUACGAGGACUCUCUGAAGUACCGCCUGACCCGGCGGGUGAUGGAACAUUCCCACAAGCCCUGGUUCUGGGAGGGAUGGGACAGCGGCUCCGACUCCAGCGGCUGGUCCACGCCGAAGCUGACCAGGAACAAAGUCGCUCCUCUGUCUCUGCCGCCGGCCACCACCUCAGAGGUCAAACAAAAGUUGUGGGAGCUGAAAAUCAGUCCUGGACCAAAACCGCCUUCUGAAGAGGUGGAGACUGAGGUGGGAACCGGGGAGGCUCCGGUUGUGGAAGCUGCAUCAACCACAGGUGAGGAAACCACGGAAACAGGUCAAAUACAUCCAUUAGACAGCGGCGGUUCGGUGACGGCGGCUCCGAACACCAGCGGACCCUCAGACGACACGGACAACGGGCCGGCUGACACCGCGUCUUCUGAUGGAGAGCCGGCAAACCCGGUGCCAAGACGGCGUCACCGGCGUCGCACCCCUCGCUCCGAGCCGGGACGCCAAGACAGUUCCCAGGACGGAAAACCGGCUGUCGUCCGAAAACCAUCGAGAGCGAAGAGCCAACCGCCGAUCAGCACCAAGGAGAAGGAGAACCGGAGACCAUCGAGCCGGCUGGACUGGACCGAGAGACAUGUAGAGAGCCACACGUCCGACGCCUGCGUCCAGACCCGGAGGGAGUCCGACAAGCGGAGCUCCAACCUGGACCGCCGGCGGGCCCGAUCGGCCGACCUGGAGAAGAUGAACCGGUCGCAGCUGACGGUGGUGGACGACCGCUGGAUGACGGAGUACAUGCGCUGCUUCUCCGCCCGGCUGAGGUAG